AUGAUGAUGCCCUAUCUUUUUUUAAUUCUUUUGGCACACCCCAUUUGGGUCACGAAAGCAAAUUGCAACAAAAACAUAUUUAUUUUAGCAGGCCAAAGCAACAUGUCUGGCCGAGGAGGGGUUGUGAAUGACAUUUGGGAUGGAUAUAUACCACUUGAAUGUCAGUCCAAUUCAUCUAUUCUCAGGCUAACAUCAGGACUUUCUUGGGAGGAAGCAAAAGAGCCAACAAUUCAUCAAGAUAUUGAUUUCUAUGCAGUUUGUGGGAUUGGUCCUAGCAUGUCAUUUGCUAAUUCUGUCUUGAAAAAUGACCCUGAAAUUGGUGUUAUAGGUUUGGUUCCAUGUGCUGUUGGUGCAACAAAUAUUAGCCAAUGGUCUCAAGGAUCGUUCUUUUACAAUCAGAUGCUAAAUAGAACUCAAGCAGCGUUACAAUGUGGUGGGACACUUCGAGCCCUUUUGUGGUAUCAAGGAGAGAGUGACACUCGGAAUCUUGACGAUGCCGAAUUGUAUAAAUCAAGAUUGCAGAAAUUCUUCACGGAUGUGCGCGAUGACUUGCAUGCACCGUCCCUCCUUAUUAUUCAGGUGGCAUUGGCAACAACACUAGGGCCUUAUAAGGAGAUUAUAAGAGAGGCUCAGUUGGGGAUUGACCUUCCAAAUGUGAAAACGGUUGAUGCUAAUGGGCUCAAAACAGGCCCAGAUUAUGUGCAUCUCAGUAGUCCAUCAGAGGUCCAACUUGGCCAGAUGUUGGCUAAUGCUUUUCUUCAGUUUGGUUCAGACACAGCCCCUAUUUCUUUGGAGGAAUAA